AUGGCUGCGGCGGCCGACCCCCCUCCUCCCCACUCCCCCCGCUCGGGGAGCCUCCUCAGGCGGAGGAGGCGACAACAAAGCGGCGGCGGCGGCGGCGGCAGCGGCAGCGGCGGCUCCUCAACAUGGCAGCGCCGAGCGCGGCCACUUCCGGUAACCUCCGGGACGCACCACCGCGGCGGCGAGCGCGGGCGGGGGGGGAGCCCCGGCCCGGCCGCCGCCGCCCCCAGCCGCUUCGACCCCCUCCGGGCGUCCCCGCCGCCGGCGCGCCGCCUCGGAGCUCAGCCAGUGCCCGCGGGCGGUGGGGUCAGGGCGCCCGCGCGGGGGCUGGGGUGGGGCCGGGGGCGGGGAUGGGGCGCGGCGUCCCCCCCCGCGGGGGAGUGUGAUGCUGCGGUCCGUGGCUCAGGCAGCUGGAGCAGGGGGAGCGCAGGAGAGAAGAUGGAGGACGCCAGGGUCUGGCGCUGGCCCGCUGGGCACAGCUGGGCUGCCUCUCGUGACUCUGCCUUGGUACCCGGCGGCGUCGCGUCCCUCUCAUACCCCCAGCGGCAGUCAGAGCUUCGGUUGGUCACCUGGCUCUUCAAUCGGUCAAGCACAUCACAGCUUCCACCUACGAACUAGGAGCUGGCUUCUAGUGUCCCCUACCCUCGGGUAUUUUUAUUCCUGACCAGCUAAGCCCUCAGCGCUCUUGCCAUCGCCCUUUGCGUGGUCUUCCAAUUUGAGCAGGGAAUUCCACUAGGGUACAGCCUUAGAAGCGCCUACUGUGGAGGGAAACACUUCCCACGCGUUCAGAUGUCAUUACUAGGUUAUUCUUGGGUGACGGGACCGCUUUCCCAUCUUACCCUUUCAUUCCAGAUACAGGAAAUACUUGAAAACCCCUCUCCCGCCAGGAUUAAAAACAAACAAUAAAAACAA